AUGCUAAAACGUCAUGAUGGCAAAGAGAGUACUGGCAAAAUGAGUUUUCAUGGUUUGAAUGGUUUGCAUGCUUCUACUUUUCCAGUUUAUUCUGCCUUCAAAUCUAACAUGUCUGGUAAAACAAAAGGCAUUAAUGUUAUUAUUGAUUCUAAGGUUAAGAAAGAAGUUGAAGGUAACCGGGCUAAAUUAAGUUCAAUUACCGAUACGGUCUUAACAUGUGGUCGUUUGGGCUUAGCCUUUAGAGGUCAUCGUGAUGAUGGGCACUAUCAUCCUGAAACUGGUAAUUUUUCUGCAGGUGGUGUUGGGAAUUUUGUUGAACUUCUUAAUUUUAGAGUGCGUGCUGGGGACAAGGUGUUAGAGGACCAUCUGAAUUCAUGUGGUAGGAAUCAGACGUAUAUUUCUAAAACUUCCCAGAACAAGCUUAUUAAAUGCUGUGGUGAAGUAAUAACAGAUAAAAUCAUUUCUGACUUAAAAGCAAGCAGGUUCUACUCUGUAAUUGCUGAUGAGGCUCGAGACAUCUCAAAUACUGAACAGAUGUCUCUUGUUUUGCGUUUUAUCGACCAAAAUAUGGAUAUUAGGGAGGAGUUUGUUGGAUUUCUUCCUUGUAAAUGGGGCUUAAAAGGUGAGCAGCUUGCUAAGGUUGUUCUUGAUGCUUUAGGCAACCUUGGUCUUUCUAUUGCUGAUUGUAGAGGACAGGGAUAUGAUGGGGCAGGUGCUGUUGCUGGUCAUAUUAAUGGGAUGGCUGCUCAUUUGCGUCGUUUGAAUGAUAAGGCUCUUUUUACCCAUUGCUACAGCCACAGAUUAAAUUUAGCGAUUUGUGAGUCUAUUAAUAUAAUGGAUGUAAAAUCGAUGCUCAAUAGAGUUAAAAAAGUUUCUGAUUUUUUAAUAUUUCCCCUACGACAAAUACCUUUAGAAAAGAAUAUUGACCUUCAUGGUUCUUUAUCAGCCGGUAGGAAAAAGAAAUUAAUAGAUGUGUGUCGAACUAGGUGGGUUGAGAGAAUCGACGGCUUAGAUACUUUCCAGCAGCUUCUUAUUCCUGUUUUAAAACGUUGA